AUGCAUCUAUUUUGCAUCUGCAUCCUGUCCAUCUCCCUGCUGACAGCUUCUCCCAGGGUGAGUGCAAGUGUUUCAAACAGUUUCAGAGACUGCAGCCAUUUCUUCUACAUGCAGACACCACCUGCAGAAAUAAAGGGACCCUCUCUGAAGAGGAUCUGCCAGAAGUAUGCAGACAAACUGCGCUACGCCACGCUUUAUGAUAGCAGUCGCAGGCUGCCCCUAUACUCAGCCUACAUAUUCAAGAAGUCUGAUGGGAAGAGAAGGAUGGACACACCAUGGAUGUAUGAGCCACAGGUAGAGGACAGAAAUGUGGGCUUAUUUUAUUUGUGACUUGUGUCUGAAUUAGCAAACUAUCAAUUGGCAUAUUGUCAUCCUAUUAAAAUAAUGUCCUAAGUCUUUUUUUUUUUUUUUUUUUUUUUUACGAAAAUGAGUUUUUGGCCUAAGCCAAAAACUCAUUUUCGUCAAAAAAUGACUUAGGACAUUAUUUUAAUAGGGUGACGAUAUUAGGUGACAACAAACCUAUGUCCAUCAGUUGGAUGGUCACCCAAGUUGCUCUUAGAUCAGUGAUUAUUAUAGUGAAAGACCAAAGUUGAAGAAUUAGUUUUUUUUUUUUUUUUUUUUAAAUAAAAUUAGCAAUGGUGCACCUGUAAGGACUGACUUGGGGUCAAGGCUUCUUUCAUUUCACUGGUUGCUGUUGGAUUUUUUUAUAGUCAAGAACCUGAAGGUCUUCAGACCUCAUGUCAAACAAAAAACAGUCUCACCCUUUCUUAUCCUCAUGUUGUUAAAACUCCCACCACUUUAUCAUGUCGACGUGCCUCUUUGGAUUAUUUUCAUUCAUAAAAAGUUAGAUAUUUUGUAAAGUAUGCUUUUCCAUUCUGUUGUGAGAGCUGGGCAAGAAGAGAACCACUACUCUUGGGCCUAUUUGCACAGUAAAUCAAAUCAAAUUUUAUUUAUAUAGCGCCAAUUCACAACAGUCGUCAUCUCAAGACGCUUUUCAAGGAACAAGAGCAGGUCUGGACCACGCUCAUUGUUUGAAGAUCAAGAACCAACCUAAGAUGGGUUUUGGCCCAUCUCAAUUAACAUGAGUAACAGUGGCAAGGAAAAACUUCCUUUUAACAGGCAGAAACCUCGGGCAGGACCAGCCUCAUGUAAGACAGCCACCAUGCCGCUGCUGGGUUGGGGAGGGAUGUAGAGAGAAGAGGGGAGAGGGGGAGAGGACAGGGGGAGGGAGAGAGAGAACAAGAUAGGGGAAGGCGAGAGAGAAUGAGUACGGAGAGGGAGGGGGAGGGAGAGAGAGUAGGGAACGAGGGUGAGAGAGAGACAGGGGGCAGGGUUAGUAAGUAGCUGUAGCCAGUUGCAUGUUAGCUUAGUUUCGCUUGAAGCCUCUCUCCCUCAGUGUCACAGAUUUACAGCUUUAUCAUAAUGCCAUUACCACAUCACUUGUAAUUAAUCACAGAAUGGUGUGCAGAAAUCAAUUAGCUAUAUUUUAAUUGAUGAAAGCUCACCCUGCUAAUCUUGGGUAACCAACCUCCAGCAUAAACUCCAUACUGUAAUGUCUUAAUAUCUUUGAAAGUAAAAACUCUGAAGGAGUAGGGAAAUUUGCUAAUUGUACAUAUUUGAGAUGAACCAAUUCAUUGGUCAGCCAAGUUAUUGUGAAGAUUGAAGGCAUUUUGAAAUAACUGGUUUCAGCAGAUUUCUGGGCUCAAUAGAAGGGUGACCAAAUGUGCAGUUUUCCUAGGACAUGUCCUGUUUCUACAUUCUGACCCGGACAUCUUUUUUUUUUUUUUUAAGUGAUGUAAAUGUCCUGGUUUAGGUUGUUUUUCAUUGGGCCACUAAAAUGAAGGAGAGAACCAAAGGUAUAGAGGAUCUCAUUGCCAGGCAGAGUUUUGGUUUUUGUCCUGGUUUUUGGUAAUCAAAAUAUGGUCAUCCUACAAUAGACCAAUUAAAAAUAAAUAAAUUAUGUCUGCAGACACUGCAGGCAGCACACAGUGUGGCUGCUGCGAUGUAGCCAUAGUCACACUGACGGCUGUGACUAUGGUGAAUAAGCCAGUUUGAGCCCUGUGCUCUUUCUUUAACUCUCUUGCACCUUUGCUAUAAAGUUUUUUCUCAAAUUUCCCCAGUCCCUGCUCAUCUCCUCAACAUGUUUUACCUAUCCUAAAUGACAGGACAUCCAAUCCAAAAACAGUUACUGGCUAGUGUGUUGUGUAAAUUCUGUAAUGAUGUAUAGACAGUUCAAAAUUGCUGCUGUCAUGUUCUGAAAUCUAAAGCAUAACCAUUGUAUUUCUCGAUUUUAUGAAAUCCACCUCAAGCGUAUUACUAGUUCAGACAACCAUAAAUAUAAGAUUGUAAUAUGCAUGAUUUUUUUUACCUGAAUAGUUACCUUGUUCAUGGGAGUUCAACAUUUUUCAUUUGUUAUCGUCAAUAAAUUAUAGACUUUUAUCGGAUGUCAAAAAUAGUACAACAAUUUAAUAUUAGUAUUGUAUAUUGGUCAUCAAAUGAGCCUCCCUCUUCCAAUAAUUAGCAUUGGCAAUGGUGUCUUUACUGCAUUACUGUCCUUUGAUCUAACUUGGCACACUUACCCUCAUUUCUUUUAUUUCUCUUCCAUAUAGCUGGUUUCUGUUGGUGAAAGUGGCAACAUGAGAGCUCUUCCUCUUACCGAUGACACCCCCCCUCUGAUUCAGGACAGCCAGGCCAUUCUGGAGGACUACACAGAUGCUGUAGAAUUUAGACGUGGUCCCCUGAACCCUGACCUGCACCAAUCAGAGUUAAAUGACAAAUCCUCCACAUAUACUCUGACCAAUGUUGUCCCAUUAUUUAUAAACUUUCUUGAAAAUACCUGGAACCCAUACUUGGAUGUCAUACGUCGUCGCCUCAACAACUUCUGCCAUAGCAAGUCAUUCAUAGUGACUGGGGUCACUGUCUCUGGUGCAACAAUCAAACAAGAAAACAGGAACCGCUUGGCAAUACCAAAAUACUUAUGGUUGGCUUACUGCUGCCCAAGGUUUGACCGUAACUCUCCGUAUGAGGUGAGGUUCAUGUUCCCCAGUUUUGGAGGCUAUGCGCUAAAUGAAUACGCUGUCCAAAAAGUGGUGGAAGUCCCCCUAAAUACUCUGGAAACUUUCCUGAAGAGUCAGAUUGACAGUGAUGGUGACAUGACAAUUUUCUACAAAGGCUGUGUGUCAGAAAACACCUUUAAGAAGAAGAGAGACUUAAGCAGAGGGGGAUCUUGA